AUGCUCCAACGCUCACCCUACCACGGCCGCCGAAUUCGUGGCAUCGAGCUCCCCUGCCCGUCGUGCAUCCCGCUCUCGACGAAAGCCGCGUCGAUCAUCGCUUGUGCGGUGAUGUGCAUCGCGUAUGUCGUCUGGAGCGUCGUAUUGUGGAAGGGCUACUCGUUCAUCGUUGACUUGAAGAACAUGUCGAGCGACACUGCCUUUGACGAGCUCUCCCUCAUGGCUCGCUACACCUCCUUCUCAACCUACUUCACCAUCACCCUCUCCCUCCUCACCCUCGGCGCUCUCGUGGUGUCGAUCUUCCCGCAAGCCGAGACGGCGAAGUGGCUGAGCAGGAUGAUCUGGGUGGGCUGGUUGGCGACCUGGGGAUUCGGGGUGUUUGGGAUCUGCGCGUAUUUGAGCGCGGAUUCGUUCGUCAAAGCUGGGUGUAGGAUGGAUCAGGAGUGCUGGACGUACAGGGAGAAGUUGCGCGUCCGGGUCAUCCUGUCCGUCUUCGCCACCCUCGCCAUCGUCUUCUACUGCUCCAUCAUCCUCUCCUCCUUCGUCCACGUUCUUCACCCACACCUCUUCCUCGGUCCCGACUCGGACUCGGAAGACGACUUCUCCGACCCCGACGAGGCCGCCCACCUCGCAUUGGAAGACGAGCUCAAGCGCAGCGGACACUUUGCUGCACGCGGAGCGCUGAAGGACCUCAAGGACGAGCUGGGGAGGAGGAGGGACGCGAGUCAGAGCGUGAGCAGGAGGAGGACGCCGGCUGCUUCGAGGCAGGCGUCAAGCGACGAAGAGCAGCCGCCUGCGUAUAGGUCGAGGAGCAGGGGUUCGACCACGUCAGCGGCGAGGCAGAAGCAGACGGUCGCUCCUCAGGCGGACGAGUAUAGCAGCGGGUCUGAGGCGCACUCGAGUGACGACGAGGAGCAGGCGCGCAAGGGGUUGAUGCGCGCGGGUUCGUCGAGGACGGUCAAGUCGGGUCCUGCCUUGUCGAGUGACAGCGAGAGCGACGCGGGGACGAUCAGGGAGAAGUCUCUCGGCAGGAGCAGGAGGUCGCGGUCGCAGGCGAGGAGGUAG